GAGCUUGUGGUUAAUUUUUUAGUUGAAAAAGAAAGAAAAAAAGGUACUAACUAUAACCACCGAAAUUUUCCAAACGCUUCGUUCCCAUAUUCGUUUGUACCCCUGUCGAUGAUAAACUUCCUUCCUUUCCUAUCAAAACACAACAACAACCUUGGAAAUCCCCCCUCCACCACAUUAUAUAGUCACAUUAUAUAGUACAUCCCUCCCAAACCUCAAACCCCAAACCCCAAAUCCUCAACCUCAACCUAAACAACACAACACGAGCACCAUGGCUUCAAGAACAUUAACCCCGUUACGGGCGAUAUCCCGAUCGCUGCGCACGCCCACGAAUUCCCAGACCUGGGCAGCAACAACCCCCCACGCGCGAACCAUCAGCACCACACUCAAGCCAAAGCUUGCCUCCACCCCAUACACCCGAGCCGCCUCCCCCACGGCAACGACGCCCUACAAAGCAGCACCCGCCACCACGAAACCAGCAACCUCAUCCAGUAGUACCAAACCCACAUCCACCGACACCCGGACGCCCAUCCCCCCCACCUCAGGCGACCCCUUACCGGAGGCGCCUCCGUACGAGGAAGGCGACGGGCCGAUCGACUGGUCGCAGUCGUUCCACGGGCUAGGCGAGUCGACCUUCUCGCCGGAGGCGGCGGCGACGCUGCAGGCCCCGCUGGACCCCGAGGACGUCGAGGUCAAGCCCGACGGCGUCAUCUACCUGCCCGAGAUCAAGUACCGCCGCAUCCUCAACGCCGCCUUCGGCCCCGGCGCCUGGGGCCUCGCCCCCCGCGGCCAGCUCACCGUUCAUGAGCGCCUCGUCACGCGCGAGUAUGCGCUGAUCGUGCAGGGAAAAUUCGUAGCCCAAGCGCGCGGCGAGCAGCAGUACUUCAACGAGGAGGGGAUAUCCACCGCGGCCGAAGGGGCCAAGUCGAACGCGCUGAUGCGGUGCUGCAAGGACCUCGGCGUCGCCUCGGAGCUGUGGGACCCCCGCUUCAUCCGCAAGUUCACCAAGGAGCACGCCGUCCAGCAGUGGGCCGAGCACGUCACCACCAAGAAGCGGAAGCAGGUCUGGCUGCGCAAGGACGACGAGCUCCGCUACCCCUUCAAAAAGGUGUAAAAGUAAGUACCUGGGAAAAGGAACUCUCGAACAAAACAGGAAGACAAAGGCGCAAGGCAGAUGGAUACUUAAAUGGAUGGAUAGGUGGAUGGAUGUACGGGAAAAGGGAGGGAAUGUGGGGAAAAGCUGGUGUCUCCAAGACAAGACCUACUCUACUAUCUCAGCUUCUACCUUGAAACUCGUGCUUGGCGAGUUCAAGUUGAAUAGAUGGCUAGUUGCUGGCUAGUUCGUUAGGUACCUACGUAUAAGACAAGCAGGGGGAGGAGGAAGGGAGGGGGUCUGAUGUACGAUAAACCGAAACGCGGGCGGGAGAGAUACCCUACUACACUACAAACUUAUAUACUACGGGGAAGCUUAAGGGGGGGGCGGCUCAGCUGAGCUGGAAAGGAAAACAAGAAAGACCUACCUACCUAGCCAUAAGCCAGCACAUAGACAUAUACAUUGCUCCACUUAAGUCACUCACCUAUACCAUACCAUGAGAGAGACUGGAGCACCAAGAAUGGCAGG